GGCGCGCGGCGGACCGGGAUGGAAUACAGCUAUGAUGUGGAUUUGGAGGAGUUGUGUCCGGUGUGCGGGGACAAAGUGUCAGGGUACCACUAUGGCUUGCUUACGUGCGAAAGCUGCAAGGGCUUCUUUAAGAGGACUGUGCAGAACAAUAAGAGGUAUACCUGCGCGGAAAGUCAGGACUGUAAAAUUGAUAAGACGCAGCGGAAACGCUGCCCGUUCUGCCGCUUCCAGAAAUGCCUCAACGUCGGCAUGCGACUUGAAGCGGUUCGUGCUGACCGGAUGAGGGGCGGGCGAAACAAGUUUGGGCCCAUGUAUAAAAGAGAUCGGGCUCUAAAGCAGCAGAAGAAAGCUUUAAUCCGGGCCAGUGGGCUAAAGAUGGAGGCCACACCCCCUAUCGUGUCACCUGCCCACACAGACUACAGCUUUAGUAGUUCACUGCCAAACCUGCCACCUGUGUCCACCCCGAAAAGCACCCUCCCAAACAUGCCCUCUUCCGCCACACCUGCUGACUAUGAGAGGAGCCUGUACCCAGCUGGCUGCAUGCCCACACCCUCACAUGGCCCACUGCCCUCACAGUACCCUUACCCAUCCUUGUCCAGCCGCACCAUCAAAUCUGAGUUCCCGGACCACUACGCCAGCGCCAGCUCACCUGACUCCACUGUGGGAUAUGCAUAUGUUGAGCAGACACAGACUGUAAGUUCACCAGCACCUCCUGUAGGCCUGGCAGUGCCAGCACUGGUGCUGGAGUUAGUGCGCUGUGAACAGGAUGAGCUGCAGGUGCGCAGUAAGAUCAGCACUCAUGUGGCUCACCUGCAGCAGGAGCAGGGCUCCCUCAGCACCAAACCCCAACUACUCUCCACAUUCGGCUUGAUGUGCCACAUCGCAGACCAGACACUGUUCUCCAUUGUAGAGUGGGCAAGGAGCUGCAUUUUCUUCAAAGAACUCAAGGUGGGUGAUCAGAUGAAAUUACUCCACCACUGUUGGAGUGAGCUACUGGUGCUUGAUUACAUCUCUAGACAGGUGCAUCAUGGGAAACAGGACACUAUAUUGCUCAUCACUGGGCAGGAGGUGGAAUUGGCCUCUCUGCUAUCUCAGGCUGGUGUGACUCUGGGGGAGCUGGCGCGAGGAGCACAAGAACUAGCACAGCGUCUGCGGGAGCUACAGCUAGACCACAGAGAGAUUGCCUGCUUCAAAUACCUCAUUCUGUUUAACCCUGAUGUGAAGCUGCUGGAGAACCAGGUCUAUGUGGAGAGUGUGUACGAGCAAGUGAGCGGAGCACUCUUGGAGUACACGUUGUGUGUGUAUCCGCAGCACAUGGACCGCUUCAGUCAGCUGCUGCUGCGUCUGCCCGAGGUACGCGCACUGAGCGUGCAGGCUGAGGAUUACCUAUGCUUCAAACACCUGAGUGGAGAAGUACCUUGCAACAACCUGCUCAUUGAGAUGCUGCAUGCCAAGAGAGCCUGUGUCUGA